AUGCACCUCUCAACCCUCCUCCCUCUCACCUUCGCUCUGGCAGUCGCAGGCGGACAAACCUGGCUCCCCUUCCACCCCCCAAGCAAGUCCCACUCCACCACCACUCUCACCGUUCCAGCUGGACCUGUUCGCAGUCCUAUCCAUUACACCUACCCCGACCAUCCCACCAUCAUCCUCCCCUGCGGCGAGAUCCCACGACCAACACCCGUGGACCAGUUCGUGCGUCCUGGUGCCGGCGCCGGUCGGUUCGGCGGUUCCUUCGUCGAGAAGCACAAUGAACUUGAACCUCACAGCUACUCUGAGAUCAUCACUUGGGCUCCGAGUACUACUGGUGUACCAGUCUCUCUUCCAACAUCCAUCGUGAUCGAUACCUCCUCGUACACCCAUGGAAGUGGUACCAACAUCCCAAGCCAGACCCAAUCCGUUCCAGUAAUCCAAUCGAUACCAUCAUCUCACUCCACAUCAGGAACACAUUCAGCUUCAGCAACCCAAUACGCGCCAGCAUCUCAUUCCACGUCAAUCACCCAAGGCCCAUCCCCAUCAACCUCCCACUCACCAUUCACAAACUCCACCACCGUCGUGACCAGUAUUCACUCCCUACCACCCUCCUUCACAACCUCCACCACGAUCGUGCCUCCAAGCCCAACCACCAGCUCGGCAACGCGACCUCCGUCUACGACCGUCGCAUCUGCUAGCCCCACCAGUAGCGGAAGCACCUUGAAGUGGGAUUGGACGCUGCUAGUUUGUGGCUUCAUGGGCGUUUUUGUUUUUGGGAUGCUCUAG